CGUCACUUUACCACUUACUUCCAUCUAAUACCAAAUUUUCUCUCCUUCUCUUCGACUUUUGCUGGUCGACACCCACAGCACUGAUGUCGUUUCGAGCGCGGCGGCCAGCGUCUCCUCCGCCAGGAAUACCUCAUGCGGCAACCCAGCGAUUUCCUCACUCUCGGCAGGACCACUUGGAUGCGGAUGCACGAAGGGAGGCCGCGUCGAAAGGAUUCAUUCCCAGCAGAGGCAAGAGCCAUUCACCAGGGGGACUUGCCUUGACAUCUGGAGAAUGGAAGCUGCUGCUCGUAAUCAUCAUCGUCGCCGCUGCUGUACGGUUAUUCCGCCUAUCAAGUCCCAACAGCGUAGUUUUUGAUGAGGUACACUUUGGCAAAUUUGCCAGCAGAUACAUCAAGACGCAGUAUUUUGUGGAUGUGCAUCCACCGUUGGCGAAAUUGUUAAUUACAUUGGCUGCAUUUGUUUUCGGAUACGACGGGCAUUUUGAUUUCAAGGAUAUCGGAAAAGUAUAUGAUGGUGUACCCUAUGUCGCAAUGCGUCUCGUUCCUGCAGUACUUGGUGUCGCGACAGUUCCCCUCUCCUAUCUUACCCUACGCGCUCUGGACUGUCGUGCGACAACGGCACUGCUGGCUUCUUUCUUCAUAACAUUCGAAAACGGCAUGAUCACCCAAUCUAGGCAUAUUCUCCUCGAUUCUCCCCUCAUUUUCUUCACUGCACUUACCAUCUUCUUUUGGGUUGGCUUUUGCAAUGAGGAUAGGCAUAAACCAUUUACUGACACGUGGUGGUCAUGGCUUAUCUUGUCCGGCCUAUCCCUUGGUGCUGUCGUCAGCUGUAAAUGGGUUGGACUCUUCACCAUUGCCACUGUCGGGCUGAGCACCGUGCAACAGCUCUGGUACCUCCUUGGGGAUCUGAAAGUAUCACCGCGCUUGUUCAUGAAGCAUUUCAUUGCUCGCGCUCUCUGUCUCAUCGUCCUCCCGGUCUUGUUCUACAUGACCAUGUUCCAGAUUCACUUCAUGCUUCUUGGAAGCUCUGGCGAGGGAGAUGGUUUUAUGAGUUCUGAAUUUCAGCACACGCUUGGAGGUCGUGGUAUGGCAGACACUUAUGCCGACAUUGCCAUUGGCUCUACCGUGAGCAUCCGACAUGUCAAUACACAGGGUGGUUAUCUACACUCGCAUCCGCACAAUUAUCCUGGUGGCUCCAAACAGCAACAGAUUACCUUGUAUCCCCACCGAGAUUCCAACAACGAUUGGAAGAUAAUUAAUGCAAGCUUCGCUAACCACGAACCAGCAGACUGGUCCAUGGAGCCUCUCAACUAUAUCUAUCCUGGUGCCCGAAUCCGACUACGCCACGUCUCCACGGAGAAAGCUCUCCAUUCCCACGACGUCCGUCCUCCCGUCUCAGACGUCGAUUUCCAGAAUGAGGUUUCGGCCUACGGGAUGCCCGGGUUUGAAGGUGACGGCAACGAUGAUUGGAUCGUGGAGAUCGAGCAUGGCGACCGCCGCGAUAGAGACUCCAGUAAAAGACUGCGAACUCUCAGGACGACAUUCAGACUGCGACAUGCUCUGCAGGGAUGUUACCUGUUCUCGCACAAGGUCAAGCUUCCGGAAUGGGGAUACGAACAACAGGAAGUUACAUGCAACAAAAAUGCUGUGAGGGCUAAUUCCUUGUGGUUUAUCGAGACCGCGAUGCAUCCUGCACUGCCUGAGGACGCACCGAAGGUCAAUUAUAGAUUGCCUGGAUUCUUUGCCAAGUUCAUGGAACUGCAGCAAGUGAUGUGGACGACAAAUGCUGGACUAACAGAUAGACACACAUUUGAUUCUCGCCCGGGCUCUUGGCCUCGUCUACGACGUGGUAUCAACUUUUGGGUCAAAGAUCAUCGUCAGAUAUACCUGAUUGGUAAUCCCAUUAUAUGGUGGCUGAGUACACUUUCCGUCGCCUCGUAUAUUCUUGUUCGGGGAUUCCUCAUUCUCCGGGCAAAGCGAGGAUAUCAGGAUUUCGCCAGCACUAAGGUCGUCAAGUACGACUCGCUUUGUGGCUUCCUGUUUUUAGGCUGGUCUCUCCACUACUUCCCCUUCUUCCUAAUGGGGCGACAGCUCUUCCUGCAUCAUUACUUCCCCGCACUAUAUUUCGCCAUCCUACUAUUAUGCGGAGUGUUUGAUCUCAUCACGUCGACGUUGCGCCCAAGGGUGCGGCUGCAAAUUGCUGCGGUCCUCAUCAUCAUUUCCAUCUGGGCCUUUGUGCACUUCAGCCCGUUGGCGUACGGAAGCACAUGGACAAAGGACGAAUGCAAGAGCUCCAAGUGGCUAAAAACAUGGGACUUUUCGUGCAAUGACUUCCUGAACGACUAUUCUCAAUACGGUACGGCCGCAGCACCAACACCACAGAAAUCGAACAUCCCGGUGGCGACCAUCGGUGGUGAGCCAGGCGGCAGGGCAGCUAUCAUUGUCGAAGACAACGCACAGGAGCCGGAGGUUAUCAAUCCUGAGGAGCAUACGACGACUAUCGGCGUAGGCAAGCCUGAGCCAGGACGAGACAUCUUUGCUGGGGCACCGGUGAAGGACGUGCCUAGUCAGCCUGCUAAACAUGUGCAGCAGGAGAUGGAGAUCUCUGAGGAGAAGGAGAUCAGCUCAGUGGGACAACCUACCAAGGAGGAGGCGAAGACGCAGAUUCAGACGGAGGAAAAGGUCACGGUGGAAAAGGCUGAGGAGAAGCCGGUGGUGAAGGAUGAGGACCCGGCCCCACCAGCUGCUGAACCUGAACCUGAACCGGUCCCGGUUGCGGAAAAACCAGCUGGGCCAUUAGGUGAAGCUGACGCCGAGGCUGACAAAAUUGCGCACGAGUUAUAUCCUGAAGAAGCGGACUAAGUGCUUGCCCUCUGUAUAUGUUCUGCGAUUAGUUUGCUGGUCUACAAAUAUUCACCGGUAAAUACUUCGCUUGAUCAUACCGGGAAUUCUUGAUUACUUUCUAUGUUGAAGUCUCUCGUGCCGACAUUUUUUGAAGCUGUACAUUAUCAUUGGUUCUACUUUUUGUAGAUGCGAAUAUUUAUACAACUGCACAACUACAGGAAAUCUGAUUACUCUUAUCACGUUGAAAAAAA